UCGGUCGGAGUUGCUCCGAGGGGGUAAUAGAUGCAGAUGCUCCUACCUCUCAGGCCUGCUCAGUCUGGCUCGGGCAUCUCUCGACUCUGGACGAGGGGUACGAACCAAACAGCCCCUGUUUCCUCCGUCCUGGAAGCUGGAAGGUGAAACUGUCUUGCAAGGGGAGCUGAGGAGGUGCAGUAAUGGCGCACCUGCUGCUGCACGGCAUCCUCGACGCCACAAUUUUGGAGGCCGACCACCUCACCAACCCCACCCGCGCCACCGGCGGUGCGCCCGGGAUCUUCCGCAAGUUCGUGGAAGGGUUCGAGGAGACGCUCGGGCUCGGCCAGGGCUCGACGCGGCUGUACGCGACGGUGGACCUCGGCCGGGCGCGCGUCGGCCGGACGCGGGUCAUCGCCGGCGACCCGGUGAACCCGCGGUGGUACGAGGCGUUCCACAUAUACUGCGCGCACUUCGCGGCCGACGUCGUCUUCUCCGUCAAGGCCGCGCAGCCCAUCAGCGCCACGCUCAUCGGCCGCGCCUACCUCCCUGUCCGGGACCUCCUCGCCGGCCAGGAGAUCGACCGCUGGCUCGACAUCCUUGACGCCACCAAGAGGCCGCUCUCGCACGGGCCAAAGAUACGGGUGCGGCUGCGGUUCCGCGACGUGGCCGCCGACCGCCGCGGGUGGGACCGGGGCGUUGGCAGCGCACGGUACCCCGGUGUGCCGUACACCUUCUUCUCGCAGCGGCCUGGGUGCAGGAUCACACUUUACCAGGACGCGCACACGCCCGACGCGUUCGCGCCCAGGAUCCCGCUCGCCGGCGGCCGGAGCUACGAACCGGGCAGGUGCUGGGAGGACGUGUUCGACGCCAUCAGCAACGCGCGCCACCUGAUCUACAUCACCGGCUGGUCGGUGUACACCGAGAUAACGCUGGUGCGGGACGGCUCACGGCCGCGCCCCGGCGGCGACGCCACACUCGGCGAGCUCCUGAAGCGCAAGGCAAGCGAGGGCGUGCGCGUGCUCAUGCUGGUGUGGGACGACCGCACCUCCGUCGAGUCCCUCGGCAUGAAGUGGGGUUUCAUGCAGACGCACGACGCAGCGACUGCGGAGUACUUCCUCGGCAGCGAAGUGCAGUGCGUCCUCUGCCCCCGCAACCCCGAUGCCGGCAGCAGCGCCGUCAUGAGUGCACAGAUCUCCUACAUGAUCACCCACCACCAGAAGAUCGUCGUUGUCGACCACGAAAUGCCAGUGAGGCACAGCGACCGCCGCCGCAUCGUCAGCUUUGUAGGUGGCCUAGACCUCUGCGACGGCCGCUACGACACGCAGUUCCACUCCCUGUUCCGGACGCUGGACACGGCGCACCACAAGGACUUCCACCAGCCCAACCUCGAUGGUGCGUCCAUCGACAAGGGUGGGCCGAGGGAGCCAUGGCAUGACAUCCACGCCAAGAUCGAAGGUCCGGCUGCGUGGGACGUGCUCUACAACUUUGAGCAGCGGUGGAGGAAACAAGGAGGCGACAAGGACCUCCUCGUCGACCUCAAAGCCUUGACAGACCUGAUCAUACCGCCGUCGCCGGUGAUGUUCCCUGACGACCAGGAGACAUGGAACGUGCAGCUCUUCCGGUCCAUUGAUGGUGGGGCGUGCUUCGGCUUCCCCAACACCCCAGAGGCCGCAGCUCAAUCUGGCCUUGUCAGUGGCAAGAACAAUGUCCUUGACAGGAGCAUCCAGGAUGCCUACAUCCAUGCCAUACGCCGUGCCAAGCACUUUAUCUACAUCGAGAACCAGUACUUUAUCGGCAGUUCUUUCGCGUGGAAAGCCGACGGCAUUAAGCCAGAGGAGAUUGAAGCAUUGCAUCUGAUCCCCAAAGAGCUGUCACUGAAGAUUGUGAGCAAGAUUGAAGCCUGUGAACAUUUUGCAGUUUACGUCGUGCUGCCAAUGUGGCCAGAAGGUCCUCCUGCUGGUACAUCCGUGCAGGCAAUACUGGACUGGCAGAGGAGGACGAUGGAGAUGAUGUACUAUGACAUUUCCGUUGCACUUGAGGCUAAGAGAAUUGACGCUAACCCGAGGGAUUACCUUACAUUCUUCUGCUUGGGGAACAGAGAGGAGAAGAUGAGUGGCGAGUAUGAACCUGCAGGUCACCCAUUGGAUGAGACAGACUACGCUCGGGCGCAGAAAGCACGGCGCUUCAUGAUCUACGUUCACUCCAAGAUGAUGAUAGUCGACGACGAGUACAUAAUUGUUGGAUCUGCCAACAUCAACCAGCGGUCAAUGGACGGGGGCAGAGACUCUGAAAUCGCCAUGGGUGCAUACCAGCCAUGUCACCUGAACACCAAAGGCCAGGUCGCCAGAGGGCAGGUCCAUGGCUUCCGGAUGUCGCUGUGGUACGAGCACCUCGGCAUGCUGCACGACGAUUUCCUGAACCCGGGGAGCCUGGAGUGCGUUCAGAGGGUGAACAAGAUGGCUGACAAGUACUGGGACCUCUACGCCAACGACAACCUCAACGAUGACCUUCCUGGACACCUGCUUAGAUACCCGGUUGCUGUCACAAAGGAGGGCACGGUGACAGAGCUCCCGGGGGCAAAAUUCUUUCCCGACACACAGGCGCUGGUGCUUGGGGCGAAAUCUAAAAACCUACCUCCUAUUCUUACUACCUAGAGAAUCGCCAUCCUUGUAUUGUUACUGCUGUAUCUGCAUAUGUAGCUCCAGCGGUGUAAGCUAUUCUGUUGCUAUGUGAUGAUUAUACCUGAAUUCGGUGGUCAGCUUAUCUGAAGUCUGAACAUUUCAGUUGGUCAUAGUCCUUGCAUGACGAAUAUGAGUCGUUAACCUCAGAAGGUUUAGCAAUGCGCUCUUGGCAACUUGACUGACUAAUUAGCAGUAUACACUACAGACUUCAGACUUUGGUUGGCUAGGUUAAA